AUGCUUCUUGGAAAAUGUGGUGUAGGCAAGAGCUCGAGUGGGAACACCAUCCUCAAUAAAAUGGUGUUCUGUUCAGAGAUGAAGCUGGUCGGCAUCACUGUUCACUGUGAAAAAGAGUCCGCGGUGGUUGGAGAUGUACCUGUCCAUGUGAUUGACACACCUGGGCUUUUCGAGAAGGGAAGCAACAAGGAGGACAUCAUCCGAGAGAUUCUUCAACGCCUGAAACUCCAGGAACCAGGGCCGCACGUCUUUGCAUAUGUUAUUCCUUUAGGAAGGCUGACUCAGGAAGACCAAGACACCCACACGCUGAUUGAAGCAAAGUUUGGCCCAAGAGUGUGGGACUACACCAUCGUGCUGUUCACCCACGGGGAUCGCCUGGAAGACAAAACAAUAAACAACAUCAUUACUGAGAGUGACGAGAACCUCCGCAACUUCAUACGCAAGUGUAGCGGUGGCUUCCACGUCUUCAACAACAAAACCCCGGAGGACCAGAAGCAGGUCACAACUUUUAUGGAGAAGAUCGAGACCCUGGUGGCCCUGAAUGGAGGUAGUUACUACAAUACAGAGCUGUAUCCUGAGAAGGAGAGGGAAAUCAGAAAAAGACAGGAAAGCAUCCUUGCAGAGAGAGAUGAAGAAAUCAGCAAAAAGGAGGGAAAUCUGAGGGAGCAUUACAAGGGUGAAGAGCUAAAGAAGAUGAAGACAAAUCUGUGGAGAAAAGAGGAGGAAAGGGCAAGAAAAGAUGCAGAGGGGGAGUUGUACAGCAUGUCCUACCUCAUGAAGAGCAUCCUGUUACUGGCUGAAAAAUUCCAGGUCUUUCUAAGAAAAAGAAAUAGAUGA